AACUGCUUGUCGUUCCAGGUGCUGUCUUGGUUAGUCUCCCAGGACCUCUCGGCAUUUUAUCGAGCGCUUGGCCUUCCUCAACAUAUAAGCCCCUAUUCCGUGACUCCGUCCGGUAGCUGAGACAAAAGACUGUAACAGAACAGAAGCGAAAGCGAAAAAAAAAGAGAUGCAGGGCAGUCACUCGUCCAGCGGAGAGCAGAAGUUUGAAGUACGAAGACUAGAGAUCUCAGACAAAAGCAAGGGUUUCGUAGAGCUACUGCGGCAACUAACAGUUUGUGACUCCAUAUCUGACAAGGAUUUCGAGAAUCGAUUUCGUGAGAUCAGCUCCCUUGGUGAUGACCACGUUAUUUGUGUCGUAGAAGAUGAAUCUUCUGGGAAGAUCAUUGCAACUGGGAGCGUGUUCAUCGAAAAAAAGUUUCUGAGAAAUUGUGGGAAAGUUGGGCACAUCGAAGAUGUUGUGGUUGACUCCAAUGCUCGGGGGAUGCAAUUAGGCAAGAAAGUAAUUGGGUUCCUCGCGGAUCAUGCUUGCUCGAUAGGGUGCUAUAAGGUGAUUCUCGACUGUAGUUUGGAGAACAGGGCAUUUUACGAGAAAUGUGGUUUCAAGCAGAAAGAAAUCCAGAUGGUCAAGUAUUUUGUGUGAUCA